AAAAAAUGGAAACUUAUUCAAUGAUCUUUUAUGAAAAAGAAAAUAUUUUUUAAUAUAUUAAAAAUUAAUAGAACCUUAUUUUUAUAAUUAAACAGCAUCAUCGUCAUCAUCACCAUUGAAUUAUCUUCUUUGUUAUAUAAAAAAGCAACACAAUUCCUUGAAUGUCACGUAAGCGACCAUCAUUUAUGGUACAUGACUUAUUACAAGAAACUGAAGUUACAUUUAAACAUUGGCAACAUAAAGAUCUUUUUAAUUUUCAAACUAAAAAAAAGGUUUUAUUAGAUGAUGAAGAAGAUAAUGAUGUUGAUGAUGAUGAUAUCAGUACUGAAGAUAUUGACAACUUUUCUAAAUUAUAUAACAAUAAACUAAAUUUUAUUCAUCAACAGUAUAAAUCUAAUCCUUCUAGUUUAUUCGAUGUAUACAAAAAUGAUUGGGAUAAUUGUUUAUUUAAUGUAAAACAUAUAAUACCAUUGGAUAAAGAAGAUCUAAUGAAUACCCAUCUAUUGAAUAAAACGAAUGAAAAAGAAAUUUUCUAUUAUCCUCAUCAUCAUCCUCCUCCUCCUCAUCAUCAUAAGAAUUUAAUCAAGAAAUCAAGAAAAGCACGUACAGCCUUCACGGAUUAUCAGUUAACUGAAUUAGAACAAAGUUUUGAUCGUCAAAAAUAUUUAGCUGUACAAGAUCGAAUAGAAUUAGCAAGUAAAUUAAAUUUAACUGAUAGACAAGUUAAAACAUGGUAUCAAAAUAGAAGAACAAAAUGGAAACGUCAAACAGCUGUUGGUCUUGAAUUAAUGACAGAAACUGAAAAUUUUAUAGCAAUACAACAUUUAAUAGAACAAAAUCCAUUUUGGGCAUAUCAUCCAACAGUGAAAUAUAUUUUAUCAAAUAUAAAUCCUAUUCAUAAAUCAUCAUCAUCGUCGACUACAUUGACGACGACGAUGACGACGACGACGACGAUGACAUCAACAACAACAACAAAACCAAUAACAGUGAACAUAUCAUUGAAUAAUCAAAAUUCAUCCUUAGUAACAACAGAGGCAAAUGAGUUGGCAACUAAAACAACACCAACGAUUUCAGAUGUCGGUAAUCAUAAUCAUCAUCACCACCAUCAAUAUCAUCAACAUCAUCAAGACUAUAAACAACAUCUUCAAAGUACUUAUCCUAGGAUAUUAAAUGCGUUGCCAGUUAGAAGAAACUCAUUAAAUGAUGAAGACCAUGUUCAUAUAAAACCAUCCUUAUUAUGUAUUCCUUCAUCGAAUAAUCCAUCAUUCUAUACAAAAUCAAUAAAUUUAGAACAAUUAGAAAUCAGAAAAAAAUCAAUAAAUUCAUUUAAAAAUCAAUCAAUCAUUAAUCAAUUUAUUGAUAUACAACAAUUAUGGUCAAUCAUACCAUCAUUAAAUCAAUCAAUCAAUAAUGAAUAUUCUAAUCUUCUUCCUUCUUCUUCAUCAUCUUCUUCAUCUUCAUCAACAUCAUCUGUUCCUGGUAUUUGUUGUCAUUCAUUAAUUGAAGGAACUUGA